AAGUGGUGUAUUGCGUUAGAAAUGAUAUAGGUGAUGUCUAAGCAAAAAUCCUACCCAAAAAAUAAAGCCAAAGUUCCUCGUGACUUAAAAGAAAAUCAAGACAGAAGACUGAUGUCAAAACACAUUGAUACUUUAAUGAAACUGGAUGACACUGUUAUUGAAAAUGAAAAACUUAAGAGUAGAGUUGAUGUUUUAGAAAAGGAACUCAGUUCGUGUGCUCAACUUCAUAAUUUUGCACACGAGGCAAAACAGAAGUUAGAUGAUUUAGUGAAAGAUUACGAUGACAGGAUUAGUUUUUUAAAAGUGGAAAAUUCAAAGAAGAUACUUGACAAGGAGCAGGAUCUACAAGUUUUGAUUUCUGAAAUUGAGCAGAAAUGGAAAAGAAAGCAGGAUAAUUUGAUGGAGAAACUGGUGAAAGCACAAAAAGAAUUAAUUGAUCUAAAAAAUGAGAACUUGUUAUUGUUACAAAAUGUAGAAGUUCAGAAAAAAAAUAUCAAUGAACUAGAUGAAAAAAAAUCACUAAGUCAAGACAGAGAAAGAGUAAUUGUAGAACUUAGGAACCAACUACAAAUUUGCAGUGAGGAGAAAAGUAUAUAUACAAAGAAAAAUAAUGAAUUGAGUAAUGAGGUUGAAAAACUUGAAAAGCAUGUGUUUGCAAUUUCCGCAGAUCUUAAAAAUGAAAGAGAUACCUCUGCUAGACUUUCAAACCAAAAUAGUCUAUUGCUUGAAAUUGAACAACUAACAUUAAAGGUGGAUGAGUUGUUAAUGAAACAAAUUGAUCAUGAAUCAGCCUACGAAAAUUUGCAAUUGAUAAAUACGAAAAUUUUAACCGAAUUGGAGGAACUGAAAAAGAAAUAUAAACUUUUAUUGAUGGAGAGAGAUGCUACUAAGCAGUCUUCAUCUGACUUAUCACUUGAAGUGGCGCAUUUAAAGAAAAAACUGUCAAGUCCAAGUAUUUUGACUACUGUUACAAAUGAGAGUCUUUUACCCACUAAAAAAGGAAUUAAAAUGCAGAGGUCUUUAAAUAAAAAGCAUAGGUAACAUGUAAUUAUUUUCAAUAAAGUAAAUAAUAAUUCAGAAUAAAGCUGGAAAAUCUAUUCUAAUUUAUUGAGUUUUCUUUUGAUCUAGAUAGCUGCAUUCAGUACAUGCUUUCCUAAUUAUUGAAGUUAAAUUUCGCUUAACUUGCAUUUCUUUUUUCUCUUAAAAAUGGAAGUAUGAAUCUAAAUAUCGAUUUUGAAUGUUCGUGUUGUACCAAAAGUUAUUUAUUUUUAGUAGUAAAUGUUAAACUAUCAACUGUUUGGUUUCUAUUUUAAUAUAAUUAAUAUAUACAUGAUAUAUAUAAUUCUUAACAUAUUAAUUUAUAAUAUUUCCUAAUACUGUGAGUGUGUUAUUACUUUAUAUUUGUUUGAA